CACUCUCUCUUCUCUUCUCUCAUUCCUUCACAUUCCCCUUCACACUUCUUAUUUCUCAACAACUCUCACUCACUUUCUCUCUCUAAACCUCUCACUUUCUCUCUCUAAACCUCUCAACCGCCGUACAUCAUGAAGCAGUUGAUUCGCCGCCUCUCCAAAGUGGCGGACUCCUCCCAGUACACUCUCCUCCGCCCGGACUCACCACGUAACCGGCGCCGGACGGAGUCCUUCCGCCUCUCCGCGUCGUCGAGGUUCCGCCGCUCGUCCUCCGCGGAGGUGCCGGAGGGACACGUGCCGGUCUACGUCGGCGACGAGAUGGAACGUUUCGUCGUCUCCGCGGAGCUUCUCAACCAUCCUGUCUUCGUGAAGCUUCUGAACCAGUCGGCCCAGGAGUACGGUUACGAGCAGAAAGGCGUGCUCCGGCUUCCGUGCCACGUCUUCGUCUUCGAGCGCGUGCUUGAGGCGCUCCACCUCGGCCACGACACGCGCCACCUCACCGAGCUUCUCAAUUUCUCUUCGGAGGAGUUUUCGUAAGGGAAUUUGGGGGAAAUGUCAGAAUCAGAAAAUUUUCCGGGAAAAUUAGUGAAUCUCGAACGUUUACAUGGUAAAUUAGUGAGAUCCUUUUUCUUUUAGCAGUUUUUCUGUAAAUAUACAUCAGGAUCUUGAUGAGGAAAUGGAAAAAAAAAACCAGCACAGAAAUGCUAGGGUUUGUUUCUGUUUUUUUUGGUUUAAUCGAUUUCUUUUUCUUCUGGUUGUUGUUGCUGGAUGCUCAAUUGCUCACUAUAAAGACGAAUUGCUGUUUGAGACCAA